CUGUUAUAACCAAGCCUAACACAAUCACAACCACCAACACAACCUGUGACAACCACGACCACAGCCAUUAAACCCACAAGAAAAAAAAAAAAAAUCAAACACCAUACCACCACCAUAGCCACCAAACUACCACCACAACCACCAUCACAGUCACCAAACUCAUAGAAAAAAAAAAAAAAAAAAAUCAAACACCCAAAUUCCGAUCGGAGCAAAGAUCAACCAAAAAUCAAACAAACACACACAAAAAAACCCAAUCAACCAAAUUCCGAUCUAAGCAAAGAGAGAAAAGAGAUGGAUUCAAGGACGGUAGCAAGGGCUUGAUCCACGAGGUGACCCAUGGUGUGAUCCACGGCGUGACCCACGACAUGAUCUGAUCCGACAUGAGAGAGAGAGAGAGAGAGAGAGAGGGAUGAGAGAACACUAGUCAGAGAGGGGAGUAACGGGAGAGAGAGAUGAGCUGAAAGUCUGAAAGAAAAAAAAAAGAAUAAAAAAAGAAGCAAAAGAAUAAAAAAAAAAAUAAAACAAGUAGCUACAGUAAGCAUGUAGCUAAAAUUUUUUAGCUAUAGCAUCACUAAUUUUUAGCUAUAGCAUCACUAAUUAAUGUAGCACAAUAUUUUGUAGUUUGAGGAGGCAAAAAUAUCGUUAUAGUAAUAUGCCUCCAUCAAUAAUGAUGCUCUUAUAUAUUUGUAUUUAAAAAAAAAAAAUUAAAAAGUUAUACAUAAUAAUCUAUAACUAAAUACACAAGUAUAAUGAUAAGAUUACAAUUUUUAUCAUAAUUUUUUCUUCACAAUUAUGUAUAUGCUGUCAAGACCCAUUACUUUUUCUACAUGACUUGGGGCUUAUCACUUUUUCUACAUGACUUGGGGCUUAUCGCAUUACAUUUAUAACAUAGUUGUGGUAGAAAAGGUGUGAUCCUAAAUUUUUUUUUUCUUCAUUUAAACCUAUGCUUUUUAUCUCCGUUGAAACGAAAAUUUCUAAAACCAUGUCCUUUUGUGCCACAGUUUUGUCAUAACUUAGCACACGGUAAAUACUAGUGGACUAGUAGUAAACAAAAAUGUCGAGUGAAAGUGUAGUGAGUCACAUUGUAACACAUAAGAUUGUGAAAAAUAGGUGUAAUAGGGUUACGGUACCAGAAUUACUCCUAUCAAAACCGGAACACAAGGAUUUCUCGUUUGUUAUACUCUCUCAAAAGUCAACGCAUCCAUGGACUCAAAAACUCGUACAGUCGAAAUGUUCUUCUUUCCCUUCGGGGGUGGAGGCCACCAGAUCCCAAUGGUAGACAUGGCAAGACUUUUUGCUUCCCAUGGAGCCAAAUCCACUAUCAUAGUCACUCCCACAAACGCUCUUCACUUCCAAAACUCCAUCCUCCGUGACCAAAACUCUGGCCACCCAAUUUCCAUCCAUGCUCUCCAAUUACCAGACGGUGCAGUUUCAUCUGAAUCUGACAUGUCUGCAACCCCUUUCACUGACACCACAGUCCUCCAAGAACCUCUCAAACUCUUCCUCAUUGAACACAAACCCGACUGCAUUGUCUUCGACAUGUUUCACCCUUGGGCUUCUGAGCUGUUCGAUGAGCUCGGUAUUAGAAGGAUUAUCUUCAAUGGUAGUGGGUGCCUCCCUGGUUGUGUUGUAGAGAGUUUAAGAAAGUAUGAACCACAUGAGAAAGUGGGUUCAGAUUAUGAGCCUUUUGUAGUGCCGGGCCUUCCUGAUCGGAUCGAGCUCACAAGGUCUCAGCUUCCUGAUUUUGUUAAAGACAAAUCUGGGCGUUUAGAUAAGAUGGCAAAAGAUGAAGAAAAGAGCUUUGGGUCUGUGGUUAAUAGUUUCUACGAUUUGGAGCCAGCUUUUGCAGACUUUUCCAGAAAGGAGAUGGGAAAGAAGGCUUGGCUUGUAGGACCAGCUUCUCUAUGUAACACAAAUGUUACUGAUAAGGCCGAGAGAGGCAAACAAGCUGACCAAAGUUGUUUAAGUUGGUUGGAUGAGAAAGAACCCAGUUCAGUUCUUUAUAUUAGUUUUGGAAGCAAACCCAGUUUUGCUCCAGGACAGUUUGUUGAGAUUGCUCAUGCUCUUGAGGCUUCCAACCAUUCAUUCAUUUGGGUUGUUGGAAAAGCCUUCAAAGAUGAAGAAAAUUUCCUUCCUGGUGGAUUUGAAGAGAGGAUUACGGAAUCAAAGAAGGGUGUGAUAAUAAAAGGGUGGGCACCCCAGUUAUUGAUAUUAGAACAUGGUGCAGUGGGAGGGUUUUUGACCCAUUGUGGAUGGAACUCUAUGUUGGAGGGAGUUUGUUGUAGUGUGCCUAUGAUUACAUGGCCACUCUCUGCUGAACAGUUCUGCAAUGAGAAAUUGGUUACUGAUGUGUUGGGGAUUGGAGUUCAAGUUGGGAGCAUAGAGUGGAUAUCGAUUAAGUCUGAAAAGAAAGCGUUGGUUGUGAGGGAGAAGGUGGAGGUGGCAGUGAAAAGGUUGAUGGGUGGUGGUGAUGAGGUUGUGGAGAUGAGAAAACGAGCUAGAGAGCUUGCAGAGAAGGCUAAGAAAGCUGUUCAAGUUGGUGGAUCUUCGUAUAUGGAUGCUGAUGCCUUAAUUGAGGAGCUUAAAUCCUUAAAAGAAAAAUGAGAAUUAAUGGAGGAAUGUUGUAUUCACUUGCCAAAAGAAUAAGGAAUGCUGUACUACUAAGGUGGAAAAGAAAUAAUGAAGAUACACGAAAUGAAGUUUGUAUUGUUUUUCUGAUGAGCAGUUGACUCUUUUUUUCUUUUGCUAUUUGAUGUGCAGUUGACUCCUUGUAAAAUAUAAUCGUUGGACUAGUAAAUUUUGGCAUGUUAAGUACAGUUGAUUAACACUCUAAGCUGCCACUUUGA